AUUACCGUGUCGUCGAUGAGCGAGUACGUGUUGUAUCGCGUUUACAUGGGCCGUGAUCGCAGACGUUGAACCCCCGUUAAACUGUGAAGACCAACGAGGAUAACUAACAACGAGGCAACAGCGUCGAAUCGUUGCCAGCUGUUGAUCGUUAAAAAGCUGUGGUUCUGUGGGAAAAGCAAGAACGGGAAAUGGGCAAUUCCAAGAUCAAACCUCCGAAAAAAGCAUCUGGAAAGAACGUAUACAAUGGCCAGCACGAAGGUGCCGGGACUCCGGGCAGCCGCGAAGAGGAAUACACCGACAAGGAGCUGUUCCUCUUGAGAAGAGCUAUCCAAAGGAAUCCAGAGAUGUUCAUAUUGAACAAUCUGAUGAUGUGCGUUCAGUUCUUCGGGAAUUACGAACAAGAAAUCAAACACGUGAAGGAGUCACUGGUGUCGUCGUACGAAACGGAAAUGAACAAGCGUUUACCUACGCAGAGGCACGUUCUACUUCCGGACAUUCUCCAAGAGCACAUCGCUAAAAACGUCGGUUUCACGUCGACGAGGCAAAACUUUCUGCCCAUCAUCGAACCCCUGCAACCCGUUCGAAUUUACAUGGUCCACGAGAACGUGGACGUGUUGGAGCAGUAUUAUUCGCCGCACUAUAGCAGCGUCAACGAUUCGGUCACGUACACUACACUGUUGAAGCCGACCAAGCAUCAAGGAUACGUGCAGCUUCAGCUUGUCGACGAGACUGGCACGUCGAAGAAGAUGAACAAAGAGGAGGAUGAAAUUGAUUUAUCAUCGAUAGCCGAGGACGACGACGAGUUGUACAGUGACGGCGACAGCAUUUACGGACCGAAUCUCUCCGAUAACACGACGACCAUGUCCGGAAGAGUUCCCAAGCACAGUUUAUCCAAGAGUUCCAAGUCUCUGCCGAAUUUGUGCGACGAAGGAAUUUCAUCGGUGAAUCGCAGCGCUACGAAAGCCGAGACUGACUACGAGUAUUAUUCCUCUUACGAGGAACGAAGACGUCGCACUAAACGAGCCUGGUCGAAGCAAGAGUUAUCGAAACGGGAGAAAGUAUCGCCGCAAUCGAAAACUCAAGAGUCCACGCAGAAUCAACUGGAUCAAGCGAGCAACAACAGUUCUGGAUAUCGAUCUGACAAUUACGCGACCAACAGCGGCGGCAGCAGCAGUUACAAUCCCACUCAGAAUUCGAGGUUCUCUUCGAGCAGCGAAGUAGCCGAGUGCUGGAGGAGCGGAGAGUUUCCGAAUCGUUGUUUCAAAAAGGUCACGUACACAGCUGAGGGGAAGCUUUACGAUCCCAGGGAAGAGAAGAUGUAUCUAAUGGACAGCAAGCAACGAAGGAUCAAGCUGGCGUUGAAGCGACACAAUUACGAUUUAAUUUACAUGAGCAGCACUGAGUUUAUGAAACACUUUACGAGCAUGUUCGUACAUCGGUGGGCCGAAUCUCUCGGUUUCGAUCGAGAAUCGGUAGAGGACGUCCGACGAGAGGGGUGCGUGCUCCAUUGCGACAAAGUAAUGAUUUCUCGCGUAUUUAAACACAGUCGAGUGGAACAGUACCAGAUUAUUCCGGCGAUUUGGCUGCAAUGGCCGAAUUGUGCCGAAGAAUGGUUAGAUAGAUCGCGAAACACCUGGCCUGACUUCAACGACAUAGAGAAGGUCAAAGACUUUGGAUGCUACGUGGUGCCGGAAGGGUUCGUGCCGAAAAAAGGGAACAGCAACGCUAUGAUGGAUUUCGAGUGGCAGCUCACGUUCCCGGCUGCCGAACGAUACCUCGAAACAUGUUUGACGCAUGCCCAAGCGCAGGUCUACCUGGUGGCACAGGUACUCCACAAGACGUACAUGAGACCGAUUUUCGACACGAUGUUCAGUCUCACCACAGCUCACAUCAGGCACAAACUAUUCUGGAUGAUCGAGGAGGACGAGAGGCAGCUCAAGUGGCCCGAGAACAGAAUGGGAGAGUGUUUGUUAAAGUUGCUCGAUUCUUUGUACAUCAGCAUCAGCCAGUACGAACCGGUACUCAGAGACUACUUCGUCAAGGAGAGAAAUCUCCUUCAACAUAUACCCAGCGAACGGAGCUACCUGUUGUCCACGCAGAAACAACUGAAACGUAUCAAGGAAAAUCUGGUGAUGUACGUUUUCCACGCGAUGGAAAAUAUUCAGUACAGGAACGAUCUCUUCCCGAAACUCGACUACGAACAACUGUUGAAAAUAUUAACGGCGGACACGUUGUCCUUGGCUAAUCCGACCUUGAUGCAACAUAUUUCGAGGGCCGAGCCGCGUAAAAGCGUCGAACGCGGUGUACAAGAUGAGACACACAAGACGUUAAUUAAUCCCAACAAGGACAGGGACUCUGUCGUCGAAAUCUUGGUCCGAUGUGCCGAUUUGGACAUUCCGAGAUUAUGCUCGCUUUUAAACUUCUUCAUUACGCAUUUCAUCAAGAUAGCCGAAUGCUGCAAUCAUUACCAGGCUCAUCGGCAGAAGACUAUUUACCUCGAUCACGCGGAUCGACUGGCCAUCCUUCUUUUCGAGCAAGAGCUCUUCAAGGACGAAGCUCGAGCCUAUCGCGACAAGAUCAAAGUGCUCAGGUUGAAGACGGCCAGUUCGAAAUCGGCAAACGACCCGCCAGACACUCCCAAGAGAAACGCGGAAACGCCUAUAUUCGUUGUAUCGUUGAAGGACCGUUUCGGGCGAAACGUUCACCCAUCCAAGGGAACGAGUAAUCGGAAAGAAGAAGAAGAGAUUGUGACCAAGGCGAUUGUUCACGAGGAGAGCCAUUACGAAGAACCUUACGAAGAACGGAUCUUGAACAUUACGAAUAGUAAACUGACGACGACGACGACGACGAGCGAGGUUCAACUUUCGGAAGUAAAAAGCCACGAGCAAGAACAAAUUCUACAGUUGCCCCCUUCACCCAACCCUACAGAUGCCGAAACCACGUACAUUUAGGGGAAACAACCUACAUUUCUACAUUUCAUCGACGAGUUUCGCUAUUUCAUUCCAGUAUAUUUAAC